GUACGAUCACUUCAGUCGGACGGUAACUUCCGAGUCGAUCGGACGCGUUUCUCGAUAUUUGCUUGUGUCAUUCGUAGUCGCGAUUGUGCCACCGUAACGCUGUGCGUUUGCUUCCGUUGUCUUUCACCCCACAGUAAUAAUAUUGGCAAAAUUGUCACUCGAUUCAAGGUGGACAGAAGCGUGUGGACGUUUAUCCCGAAAAAAAAACGGGGGGAAAUAUUAAGGGAUUAAGGCGAAAAGUUGGAAAAUCUGCCGGUGUUCCACCAUUUCCGCACUCUCCGCACGUUCCGUUCCGAAUCUGUUCAACUCCAAGCGCGUCAGUGCAGAAAAGGAAACCGCAGAAGAUAAAUGCUAAAGAGGAUGAAAACGGUCUUUCCGAGGCAGUGUUUUUUUCAGUGGAAUUGAGACAGAAGUGAAGUGAAAAAAGGUUAAUUAUUAUAAAAUCGUUUCCACCCGAAAUAUAGCAGAUGAAAGUUAAAUGUUGGAGUGGUUUUAAUUUUAGCAUUUGGCGCAUAAACUAGGCGCCAAACGUGGUGAUGCUAAGUAUAGCUGUCAGAAUCUUGGAGCAAGUGGCACAACAUACGCGGCGAGUGUGCGAAACAAAGGAGUAAAUUUUGCAUAUUAUUAUCAUCAAUAUUCGGAUGCAGUAUUUUUGAAUGGUUGGUGAAUGAUGACCUCGAAAAAUUAUGAUUAGCUUCUGUCCGAAUAAAUAGUGACCAAAAUUCUGUUUUUAAUCAGGACAUUGAAGUGUUUUUGGUGGGGUGAUUGGCAUCACAUCUCGUUGUCCUCCGGGGGAGCUCGCUGAAAACGUUCAUAUUAAUUAAUACUCUUGUGGGGACUCUUGCGAAGGUUUACUGCAAAACUGGAGCCGGCCAAAUGUGCGCGAAUCAGAACAAACAGUAGUGCCAAUUUCUGCAGGUCUGACAGCAGAGCCAGCGCAAAACAAGGAAAAAAUGCAUCACAUACGAACGGUUGUGAGAAUUCUACAAACGUUGGCUGUGCUUCGGUGUCUACCGUGCUCGACGGCCUAUCAUAUCCCAUACCAUGUUGAUCCCCGAAUUCAGACAUUGGGGAAUCUACUAUCGGUAGCGCCACUCCAACCGUACCAGCAGAAGCAUUACAGCCCAUACAAUCAGAAGCCGUUGCACAUUUUCCUGCCACCUCGAGUGGACAACUCCUCGGAGAUAGACGACACUGCCAGAAUAGAUCGUGGCUUCCACAGAACGCGCAAAAUAGUGCGAAACCAUCCUCCAAGGUACGCUCAUUCGCGGUCCCGAGCACCGGCGCGACAGCCUUCCCUGCAGCCUAGAUAUUACAGUACCUUCUCGAAAUGGUCACCAUGUGAUACAUCAUCUUGCCUGCAGCGACGGGAGCGACACUGUAAGGUACGAGUCAAGUGUGGCUUUCAUGCCCAGACCGAGCAGAGGCCUUGCAAUUGGAAGUUAUGUAACACACGCAGCGGAUACAAACAAAGCCCCGGCCAGAAAUUCUCUGUUGUAGUGGUGGACCCGUCCGGCUCGAAGAAGAAGAAGAAAAUCAUCAUAGCUAACGAUGACGAUGACUACUACGAAGACGACAACGAAGAUACGGAGUAUGUGAUCGUCAAGAAGAAACCUAAAAAGAAACGAAAAGGCUAUCAUCGGCGAGGGGAAAAUCAAUACCGUAAGCCCGUGGUCGAGUACGACUUUCAAACCGAACAUCGUUUCCAAAACCAUCGAGCACCCUUGAAGGUUGCUCUGGAUGAGUUCGAUGAUCAGAAAAUUUUCAGUCCUAGCCCUCAUUUCGACCCGAAGUACAGCACGGUACAGAAGUUCCAUCGGAGGCCUCACGCCACGGUACUCAAACGAAGACCUCAAUGGUUGACGGAUUAUUUUGAAGACGAUGAUGACUUCGACGCGGAUGAUGGUGAUGAGUACGUCAACCGGAGGGAUGAUUUGAUGGAUUUGGAUGGCUUUCGACCACACGCAAGUCAUUUGGUUGGGACAGAUGACACCCACAGUAGCGUUAAUGCAAACCUAUCGCAUUUCGACCGAUUGUUAGACUCGUUCCCAACAGCAGAGCCGCAGAUAGAUGAAGCUCACUUCACCAAGCGAGAAGUGAGCAACGGUUUGGACGACUCCAGUGAGGAAUCGGAAUCGAUGUUUUCGGAUGAAGAUACAAACAGCAACACGACGGAGGUUGGAGACGACGCAAAAAGAUAUCCCGAAAGAAAUAUGCUAAAAUACGGAGCAGUCACGCAGAAGAAGGCCCGUGAAAAGGCAGUCUUCGAAAUGCCAAGGAAGGUAGACAACCCAUAUUCCAAAUGGAGCCGAUGGUCCAAAUGCACAGCCAAAUGUACCACCAGGCGGUUCAAGCGCUGUAAGGUACCCUCGGUUUGUGGCAACGACAUCAUCCGUGAGAUAGCUUACUGCUAUACCGAAGGCAGCUUCUGUGAAGAGUGGAUAGGCAAUCAACUGUAUCAAACCAAUAAAAGCAUUACCACGACUACGACGACGACAACAACUACGACACCAAAACCCGCCAAAUCCCCACGGAAUCCACUAGCUGUUUCACUUUCACAAGUUGCACGCAGUCGAAGUGACGUUCAGGACAAUUCCAUUGCACAGGAAUCUUUCGGAAGUCGCAAAGGGUAUCUUCUACCGGAAUAUAUGCCCCAAGAGAUGACCUGUGGACUUCCGAUGGUACGUAACAAACCGAAGAAGUACCUGUACAACAUGCUGAGGAUAAUCGGUGGGAAAGCAUCUCGCCGUGGGCAGUGGCCUUGGCAAGUAGCAAUCCUCAACAGAUUUAAGGAAGCAUUCUGUGGUGGAACCCUGGUUGCCCCUCGCUGGAUAUUGACGGCAGCGCAUUGCGUGCGGAAGCGUCUCUUCGUUCGGCUUGGAGAACAUAACCUCCAGCAGCCAGACGGAACGGAGGUGGAAUUCCGCAUUGAAUUCAGUAUUAAACACCCACGGUAUGACAAGAAAACAGUCGACAAUGAUGUGGCGCUGCUCAGACUCCCGCAUGAGAUGGAGCGCUCCAACUUUGUCGGCUACGCUUGUUUACCAGAAAGAUACCAACAACUGCCAAUGGGGCACACAUGUACAAUUAUUGGCUGGGGUAAGAAGCGCCAUAGUGACGAUUCUGGGACAGAUAUUCUCCAUGAGGCAGAAGUUCCAAUCAUUACCAACGACAAGUGCCGAGCGGUUUAUCAUGACUACACCAUCACCAAGAACAUGUUCUGUGCGGGUCACAAACGAGGCCGGAUAGAUACUUGCGCCGGAGACUCUGGCGGACCACUGCUGUGCAGGGAUACAACGAAAGUCAACAGUCCCUGGACAAUCUUCGGUAUCACCAGCUUCGGAGAUGGCUGCGGCAAGAAGAACAAGUUCGGAAUCUACACGAAGCUGCCCAACUAUGUUGACUGGAUUUGGUCGGUGAUAAAUUGCGAUGGAAAUUGUCGAAUGUGAGGGAAAGAACUUUGUACAUGGUGAGAAUACGAAUGGCGCGAGUGAGUGCAUGGUGCUCGAGAGAGAAAGAGAGAGAGUGAAACGACAUAUUGAAUUUUUUUAUGUAUAAAUAAGAGCUUUUAGAGACAAAUCUUCUUCCAAAAUAAUAUUUAUUGACGAGAGCCCCAUGGCAAGUUAAUGAAUGGGGGAACAAAUGAAUGAUCUUAACGAUAGGUAUUUAUUAUGAUUACUUUUGUGUAUAGUACUUUUUACGGACAAUAAAAGUGAUAACU